AUGUCCUUAAAUUCUACCAUUAACGCUGUUAAAGCCUUUUUAGCAUCAAAUCAUAUGUUGGUUAACGAUGAGUGGUUAACUGGAUGUGUUGAAUACUUAAACGAAGAAAGUACAUGCACAGAGACUGAAAUAAGAAACCUAGCAAAAGAGCAGUGGUUAUUAAAUGACCUCAAUGAUAUUUGCCCUGGCUCUCUACCAAAAGACUUGAAACACCAGCAUAAGAUUGUUUUAAAAGGCAGAUUUGUACUUCAAAUAAAUGCUGCUGUCGAUAUUGGUACCCCAGCUUAUCAGCAGUAUCUAAAACUACAAAGGAUAAAUACAGAAAAUGUUGAAGCUACAACAAAUUUUGAAGAAAAGGUCCCUAAUCACAGAAUGAUCAAGUUAUACAUGACAGAUGGUAUACAAGAAGUAACUGGUAUUGAGUAUAGAGCCAUGAGAAAUUUAAGUUGCGAUAUAACACCAGGUUGUAAGGUCCUAAUUAAGGGUCCAGUGGAAUGCAGACGUGGUAUGCUGCUACUUACUGAAAGCUCAGUUGAACUUCUUGGUGGUGAAGUUCAAGAACUAGCAAUAUCUAAUUCACUUGGUGGUCUAUUGUCCACUAAGCUUGGUUUACCAAUAGCAGAAAAUUCAAAUUUAAGCACAACAGUGGCUUUGGGAAACACCCACAUUCCAUCUCCUCUUGCCCAAGUACCAUCAGCCCAAGAAGUAUCUGUAGAACCAAGAAAUGAAUACACAACUCGUCCGAUUGCUAGGGUUACAAGUAUUCAAGUUGCUCAUAAUGAUGAUGACGAUAUUGAUAUUGACCAAAUUGCUGCUAUCGAAGAAGAAUUAAGUGGAACAUCCAAUAGUUCAAAGACAAAAACUAUUUGUCAAAACAAAAAUGAUGUCUCUAUAAAAAGACCUAGUGACAGCUUUGACUGUCAACCAGAAAAGAAGUUUAAAGUAAACAAUACCGAUGAUUAUCCAGAUGAUAAUGAUCUCAUAUUCGAGGAUGAAGACUACUUGAGAGAAAUGGAGGCCAGCUUCGAUAAAAAAGAGAUAAUGAUUAAAAAUCACCAAUCUGAUAUGCCUUUGGAGCCAUUUAUUUAUAUUAAACAAUUAAAUGAAUUGAGUAACCAUGAAAAAGUAGGACGUAUGUUUAAAAUAAAAGGGCAGAUAAUGAAGUUAUUGUCGAAAUUGUCUGUUGGAAAAGAUGGAUGGAGUUUGAAAUGCACUCUGGUAGAUGGCAGCGGUGCUAUAGAUGUAGAAUUUACUAGCGAUGUACUUUCAAAAUUGGUGGGGCUAACGCCACAAGAAAUGACAGAUAUAAAAAAAGAGAUUGUCAAUAGACCUGAAUUAAAAGAAAAAGCAGUCAAGGCUCUACAAAAAGCGAAAGAUACACUUCAGGUUUUGUAUUGCAUCAUCGAAUUAACUAUAUUUGACACACCUAGAAUCACACAAUUAAUUCCUUUUGGACAAGAGCAUAUCCAUCCCUUGAAGAGAAGACAAAAUAAAACGUUAUUUUAA